AUGGGAAUCAAGAAGUCACCAAUCCUUGGCCGCAGGGGCUCAGUUUCUUCCGAAGAGGACUUCUUCGACAUCCCCGAUGAACCUUGCCUGGCGAUAGCCAAAAACCAACUAAGACGCAUUCGAACUUGGGUAGUUUUUGCUAUCCUAGUUCUUCUAAUCCUUUAUUCCAGACGCGAACGUCCAAAGCCACCACCAUUGCCCCACAUUCGGUACGACUUGGUUGAUUGGUCCCGUUACGCCUAUAGCCAGUAUGCAACUUCGGAAUCUUAUCUUUGUAACGCUGUUAUGGUCCUGGAAGCUUUGGAUCGACUAGGUAGUCGAGCGGACCGGAUCCUUUUCUACCCAGAGUCAUGGGAUACAGAGGUCUCGAGCGCGGGUGAUAGGAGUAGCCAAUUACUGGUGAUGGCUAGGGAGAAAUACAAGGCUCUACUUAUACCCAUUGAUGUGCAGAUGAUUAAGGGGGGUUCGGGGGCUACCGAGUCAUGGGAUACCAGUAUCUCGAAACUUCUUGCUUUUGGCGAAACGGAAUAUGAAAGGAUCAUUCAUCUCGACUCCGACGUCAGCGUUCUGCAAAAUAUGGAUGAACUGUUCUUCCUUCCUCAUAACCAGGUCGCAAUGCCGCGGGCAUACUGGGAGCUUCCGGACACGAAACAACUUUCGUCCCUCAUAAUAGUGCUUGAGCCUUCGUAUCAUGAAUAUUAUGCUCUCAUGGAAGCUGCAAAGCCAGCCAUGUUUGGCCAAGUUGAUAUCAACGCAUCUUCCACACAUAAAUAUGACAUGGAACUUAUGAAUGACCGCUAUGCGGAUUCUGCCACGGUUAUUCCCCAUCGCCAAUACGGAUUGGUAACAGGGGAAUUUCGGGCUCAGGAUCACACCAAAUUUUUAGGAAAUGACUACGAAAUCUGGGAUCCUGACAAAGUCAUGCGUGAGGCCAAGCUUGUGCAUUUCUCUGACUGGCCACUACCGAAGCCUUGGAUCAUGUGGCCUCAUGAUUUGCUGGUUGAGAUGCUGCCCAAGUGUAAACAUAACCCUGGGAAACCGGGGGAAAGUGGAUGCCGUGAUCGGGAAGUGUGGAAGAAUCUCUACGAUGACUUUCGCCGAAGGAGAAAGGACGUUUGCAAGCUUCUCAGCUUUACUGCGCCCGAGUGGCCUCCAAGAGAACCACUUGAAUAG